UCCUUUAUUUAUAGCCGCCCCCAGCCAUCCUACGCUUUAUUCUCACCUCCACUCGACCGCACCACCAGUCCAGCGAGAAUCCCCCCGCUCCUCGCUCAAGCUCUCGCCACUGCACUGUGGACUACCCAUCCAUCCAUCAGUCUCCGCGCCCCUACUCCGAGGACACAACGUGAGUAGGCGCGGUGGUGGUGUUGCUUCUGCUUCUUCGUUGAUUGAUAAUCGAUAUGCGCUGUGCUGUGCCGCCGUUUCUUCUUCUUCUUGCAAACUCGUUUUUGUGUUUCCCGGCCCAAAUUGAACUCCAUUCACAAGAACCUCUGCUUUCCGUCUGCUAAUUCCUGCCCUUUUCAAUUGGCUUCUGGAUUGACCUCUGUUUCUUUUUCCUCCCUUUUUUGCUCGAAUUUUUUUGCAGGAUCGAUCGAUUUGAAGCACGUUUAGUUGGGCAAUGGAGAUACCCAGUCUGACUGACCGAUCAGAGUGCAGAAUCGUGUAGGUAGCGUUUUUUUUCCCCUGUAAUAACAGCAGCAGCCAGAGGAAGAAGAAGAAUCACACAGCCGAUCGAUCCCAAGAUCCAGCUUAGGAGGAUCAUACAUACAUCAGCCAUGGCGUUGGCAUCGACAUCCAAAGUGGUUCUAGGAUGCAUCGCGUUCGGCAUCUUCUGGGUGCUCGCCGUGUUCCCGAGCGUCCCCUUCAUGCCGGUGGGCCGAACGGCGGGUUCCCUGCUGGGCGCGAUGCUGAUGGUGCUGUUCCGGGUGAUCUCGCCGGAGGACGCGUACGCGGCCAUCGACCUCCCCAUCAUCGGGCUCCUGUUCGGCACCAUGGUGGUGUCCAUCUUCCUGGAGCGCGCCGACAUGUUCAAGUACCUGGGCAACCUGCUGCAGUGGAAGUCCCGUGGCAGCAAGGACCUGCUCUUCCGCGUCUGCAUCGUCUCCGCCAUCGCCAGCGCCCUCUUCACCAACGACACCUGCUGCGUCGUCCUCACCGAGUUCAUCCUCAAGGUGGCGCGCCAGAACAACCUCCCCCCGCAGCCGUUUCUUCUGGCGCUCGCCACGAGCUCCAACAUCGGCUCUGCCGCGACGCCCAUUGGGAAUCCCCAGAACCUCGUCAUUGCUGUCGAGAGCGGCAUCUCGUUCGGGCAGUUCUUGCUGGGCGUGUUCCCGGCCAUGAUUGUGGGAGUGUUGACCAACGCGGCGAUCCUGCUGUGUUACUUCUGGAGGUAUUUGUCCGUGGAUGAUCCGGCGGCGGCCGCGGCGGCAGGGGGGUUUGACCAGGAGCGUCAAGCGGGGCAGGACCAGAUGGUCAAUGAGGACGAGGUCACCUCGCACCGGUUCACGCCGGCGAGGAUGUCCCAUGUGUCCUCGUUGAACCCGGAUGAUUUUGACUGUGUCAGCGAGCCGAUUAUCCGGAGCGCCAGCGUGAAUGAUACCUCCCUGAGGAGCAGGAGCGUGAACUCGGAGGCUGGGGGAGGUGGGGAACUGCAGUUCUCGAUCAAGUCGCUGAGGUCGUCGAGCAUGUCGCACGAGAUGGUGGAGGUGUCGACUGUGAAGGCGGCCAUGGACGAGGGAGCCUCGUCGAGGAAGUUUACUAGGACGGCCAGCCAGCAGAGGAGCGUCAUCAUCGAGGACGCGCCGCCCGACGCCGGCGUCAAUGGCGGCGUCAAUGGUGAUGAGAAGGAGAAGGAGCCUGAGGCGGUGGCGGAGAAGCGGUGGAGGGUGUUCGUGUGGAAGACGGCCGUGUACCUCAUCACGCUGGGGAUGCUCAUCGCGCUCCUCAUGGGGCUCAACAUGUCCUGGACCGCCAUUACCGCCGCCCUCGUCCUCCUCGCGCUCGAUUUCACCGACGCCCAGGCCUGCCUCGAGAAGGUGUCCUACUCGCUGCUCAUCUUCUUCUGCGGGAUGUUCAUCACGGUGGACGGGUUCAACAAGACGGGGAUUCCCAACACGAUGUGGGAACUGGUGGAGCCUUACUCGCGGAUCGACAGCGCGAGAGGCGUCGCGCUUCUCGGGGUGGUCAUCCUCAUCCUCUCCAACGUGGCCUCCAAUGUUCCCACAGUUCUGCUGCUGGGGACGAGGGUAGCGGCGUCGGCGGCAGCGAUCUCGCCGGCGUCGGAGAGGAAGGCGUGGCUGAUCCUGGCGUACGUGAGCACGGUGGCGGGGAACCUGACGCUGCUGGGGUCGGCGGCGAACCUGAUCGUGUGCGAGCAGGCGAGGCGGGCGCAGUUCUUCGGAUACAACCUCUCCUUCUGGAGCCACCUCCGCUUCGGGGUGCCCUCCACCAUCGUCGUCACCGCCAUCGGCCUGCUCAUCGUCAGCAGCUACUGAUCCAACCAAGCACAACCACGAUCAUCGUCCAAGAAAUCCUUUCAAUAAUGGAGUCCUGUAACUCGUGUGCGUGUAGUACUGUAGUGUCUGUCAGUCAGCGUAUUCAUGCUUGUUUGUCUGGGCCUCUGCUCCUGUUCAUCUGGUGUUGCUAAAGCAGACGAUGGGCAGGCUGCAGGGGUGGAAGACGAAGUAACCUGUAUUUCAGUUGUGGAAUUGAAGUCGCAGAUAGGGGUUUACUGAAGAAUUAAAGGCUAUGGUAAUCUGAUUUCAGUUUUGUUUUGCUACUGUGUA